GAAGCGGAAUAAGGGUGUAAAUCUUGUGCUUCAAGCGCACGUUACAGAUGGGAUGAGCUUAAAUCAAGUUAAUCCAUUGAUAGAAUUAGAUAAAACAGCAGUAGAGUAGAGCUUGGAUAAAACAGUGGAACUGUUGGCCUUUGUCUUUUGAUCUAAAAAAUUUGAAAACUAAACCUUUCUUUGCCAAGACCCAUGGAGAAAUCCAUUGGAACACCUUCCCCUCCUAGAAAAUUCAAAAAAUUGAACGAUCAACGAAGCGGGACCCAGAACCAGUUGAGGAGGACUGGCGUCUGGAGCUUUUGGAAGCAAGAUUUGAAAGGAAACCCCACCACUUAGAAUUGAAAAACCUCCAUCAGACUUCUCUUUUGCCUACAGUGUAACCUACCUUUCUCUUUUUUUCCCACGAAGAAUAACUUAAGCUUUUCAUCAGAAUUUGAAUUUGAAGUCUUAAUAAAAAUCAUCACGACGUUACUGCUCUCACUCAGUUCUCAGACUGAGGAAGGCAUGGGAGAACCAACUUGUCACAUGCAUCCUUUCUCUUAUGCCUCUGGCAUACCCAAAGAAGCCAAUCAGGUGAGCCAAAGAGGAUAUAGUUACCAUUACCCAUUUAUCUGUCUUAUAUACUUCAACAUUUCAUCGUAGAACUGUCAGUUCAUCAUGUACUUUGUAUCUGAGAACAUGGGUACACUUGUUUUUACAGGGAAAUCCUCUACAUGCUCUUGGAGAGUCGAUAUCUUUUGGGAGGUACAUGUCAGAGUCCUUAGCUUGGGAAAAAUGGUCAACAUUCUCUCACAAGCGCUACGUUGAAGAGGCUGAGAGGUAUGCCCAGCCAGGAUCAGUCGCCCAGAAGAAGGCUUUCUUUGAAGCUCAUUACAAGAGAAUUGCAACUAAGAAGGCUGCAGCAGUGUUGCUUGAUCAACUAAUCGUUGCCACCGACACCUCCGAACCAGAAUUGGAAGGCCGAGUUUGUGAUGAUGAUACUUCUACCCACGAUUCACCAUCUAUGGUUUUGGGCUCCCAAGUUGCUGCGGAUGAACAACAUGAGAGCAAGACCCAGGAUACCGAGGUGGAAUUCAUUCAAAAUGCUGAUGAAUGUAAUUCAAUUGUUCAACCAGAGAGUACCAAGAUGGAAGGAGCUGAUUUGGUGACUGAAAAGGGGACUCUAGUGGAAAAUCCUACGACACAUAACCAGGUUGAGGAUGAUGAGUAUCAAAUUAUGGUUUCUGGGGAGCUUAGUGGAACUCCACUAGUGAAGAAACCUUUACUGGGGAAUUCCAGCUCUAGUCAGGAUGUUUCAUUGCCCAUGAUCAAGAAGAAACCAUUUCUGUCUUCCUUAAAGCCAUCAGUUUUCUGUAGACCAUCUAAAAUUCCAACUGCGCCUGGCAAGUCCAUUGCUCCAAUGCAGGCCUGGAAAGAGAACGUAGCUCCAACCCCUAAGAAGUUUACAAUAGCCUCCACAGAUCAAUAUAGAUCAACUCCAAAAUCACUACAUACAGUCAUUAGUUCUUCUCCCUCAAGAGAACAUGUUAAAUCGACUAACCCUGCUGGACAGAAGACUGAAUGUUUUAGAGUUGCUCUUAGUGCUAUUAAGGCAACAACUAAAGAUUAUGCAACCCCUCUAAGGACAACAAAAAUGGGUUUUGUGAAUGGGGUGCCAAAGCAUCCUUCAGCAAACCCUUGCUCAGAAAAUAGAAGGGUCAAAGAAACAGUUGAUCUCACAGCUUCUGGAAAUAAAAAUCUCACAGCUUCUGGAAAUAAAACAGCUGGGCCGAAAUGGCACACCCUAUCUGCAGUUUAUUCUAAAUCCGUGACUGCCUGCCAAAAGAAAUUACAGUCUCCACCUUUAUCGACUCCUUUUAUUUUAAGGACGAAGGAAAGAGCUGCAAGAAGAAAGCAGGCAAGGCUUUGGUCAGUUGUUUUUUCUUCUAUCCUUUAUACCUGAUGUAUCUGUUGAGCCAUAAUAAUGCAUGAUGGAUGUCUUUGUUCUGUUACUGUAUCAUUUUCUUCCUCCAAACUUCCAGAAGCUUGAAGAGAAAUUCAAUUCCAAGGAGGAACAAAAAGUGCAGCUGCAACCAAAACUAGAGGAGAAAGCGGAAACAGAACUUAGAAAACUGCACCAAAACUUCUGCUUCAAAGCCCUGCCAUUGCCUGAUUUCUACAGGGAAAGAGAAACACCAAAGACUCCGAUAAACAAGGUAUCUCCUUCCAUCACGUCAUUCAGUUAAACAAGAAUUUCUUUCAUCUACUUUUAAAGUCAAGACAUGUUCCUAGAUAUGCACGUAAUCACACAAAUCUAGCAAAAAAAUUGUUUUACAUAGAGUGAAAGGUACUAUAUAUAUAUAUGUGAGGGGUUUUGGUAUGAAGGAGGCAGCUGCUGUGAUAGGGUGCUGGUUAUUUUUGGGUGCCUGAAGGAGAGUUUUUGACAUUA